CCCGGCUCCCUCCCUGCCUGGGUUACCACACUGCUCACCUGUGAAGCAAUCUUUCCCAGGGACAACCAUGUGUCUAGCAAGGGGCUGCCUAUAAAAGCAGGACUUAUGCUGCUCCUGCCAAACACUCGGUAGCUCUUUAGCUUUGAGGAGUAAGAAGAUGGCACACCAAAACCCAUCUCUGAUGGAGCGCAGCAUAAACACCUUCAUCGACGUCUUCCACACGAACUCUAAGGUGGAAGGAGACCCAGACACCCUGAGCCAGAAGGAAUUCAAACAGAUGGUGAAGAAAGAUCUGGCAAACUUUAUGAAGAAGGAGAAAAGGCGCGACAAAAUCAUAAAUGACAUCAUGGAGGACCUGGACACAAACCAGGACAAGCAGCUGAGCUUUGAGGAGUUUGUCAUGCUGGUGGCAAAGCUGGUCUAUGCCACCCAUGAGAAGAUGCAUGAGGGGAACCACCCACGUGGGAAUGAUCACAGCCACGGCUCCGGCUUCGGGAAGUAAUGAGGAGACCAGCCACUUUGCAUCUGCCCAACCAAGGGAAAAUGAAAUGUCUUACCAGAUGGUCUUGGUUGUGGGGCUGGGAAAUGAUAAAAAUAAAGUCUUUAUCCAUUCCA